UUAAAAACCUACAAACCUCUAAAUCACAUGCAAACAUGACCUCAAGCACCCACCUAAUACCCAUUUUAAAUAUUUCAUCAAAAAGGGAAAUCUUAAAAGAAAAAGAAAAAGUUAUGGGUGAGGAAAGAAAGGAAAAAAAAGGUUAAUGAACGUUAGCCUUCACGAGGAGAUCAGAUCGGAGAUAAAGCAUCAAAACCUGAUGAGAGAGAAGGAAAAGACCUUUUACGCUUUUUAAAGUUACAGAUUUUUUUAGAGAAAGAAAAUAAUAUUUAUUUUUAAGUGUAUGGCUUGUCACGCAAUUUAAUUAUGCGUGAGAGACACGCUCCUUGAUCUGCAAAAAUAUGUCCUUGUUUGAUAGAUUUUGAAAUGAAAAUAUUACGUCCUGAUAUGAACAAAAUAAAAAAUUUGAUACUGAAUUAACAUUAAAUAAAAGUUAAAUGUCCUAAUUUAAGCAUUUAGCCUUCGUUUUGGCUAAAAAAAAAAAGCAGAAGUUAAAGUGGCAAAUGGACAUCCAGCUGGAGUUUUUUUCUGUCAUUGUCUUUGUCUUGUAUGAACACUUAGGAGUUACGUUUUGCAUAUCCUUAGAGUAGUCAUGUUCAUAUACUUACGAAUUCGCUUUUCCAGACCAUAAAUUCUAUUUCAAAUAGAAUAAAAACACAGAUUUUGAAUUAAAAAUCAUGAAAGUCGUACGCCGAGACCUAGUUCCUAAUGGCCCUGGCAGCGUCAAGAUAAUACCGGUGGAUUCAGAUGAUCUCUGGUUUGUUUAUAAUUUGAUAGCUACUGGGGAUAGUGUUAUGGCUCGAACCGUCAGGAAAGUUCUAAGGGAGACAUCUGGUGGAAGAGAUGCAGAGCGUGUUACCCUGAAGUUGGAAAUAAAAGUUGAGGCGAUAGAGUAUGACAAAGAAGGGUCUGUCUUGCGUAUAAGGGGAAAGAACAUCUUGGAGAAUGAACAUGUUAAGAUAGGAGCAUUCCAUACUCUAGAACUUGAGCUUCAUAGACCUUUUGUAUUGAGAAAGGAAAUAUGGGACUCAUUGGCAUUAGAUGUACUCCAGCAGGCCUCUGAUCCUGGUGCAAGUGCUGAUCUGGCUGUGGUAUUAAUGCAAGAAGGGCUAGCAAAUAUUUUGCUUGUUGGUAAAAGUAUGACGAGUACUCGUUCACGGAUUGAAACUUCAAUUCCUCGCAAGUAUGGACCUGCCAUUGCUGGUUAUGAGUCAGCUUUCCUCAAACAUGUUGACUUCAAUGUUGUUCGCUGUGCUGUUAUUGCAAGUCCUGGUUUCACAAAGGACCAGUUUCAUCAUCAUCUUUUGUUGGAGGCAGAAAGAAGACAACUGAGACCAAUUAUUGAGAAUAAGUCACGAAUAAUUCUUGUUCACACAAGCUCUGGAUACAAGCAUAGUUUGAGAGAAGUGUUGGAUGCCCCAAAUGUCAUGAACAUGAUAAAAAACACCAAAGCAGCCCAAGAGGUCCGGGCUCUCAAGGAUUUCUUUAGCAUGCUUUCAAAUGAUCCAGCUCGUGCAUGCUAUGGACCAAAACAUGUAGAGAUUGCCCAUGAACGAAUGGCAGUUCAAACACUUCUUAUUACAGACGAUCUCUUCAGGAAUUCUGAUGUAGUUACAAGGCAAAAGUACGUGAAUUUGGUGAACUCAGUUAAGGAUUCAGGGGGCACAGCUUACAUUUUUUCGUCUAUGCAUGUAUCAGGGGAACAAUUGGCACAGCUGACUGGUAUUGCAGCAAUCCUUCGUUUCCCUCUUCCAGAUCUGGAAGACAUUGAGAUGUAAGGGACGAUGUUGUGCAUAAGCAAAUGGCGUUCACAUCUUUUUCUGGCAUCAAGAGUUUCAUAUAUUUUAAUUUUCCAUACUCAAGUCUCUUGGAUGCCUGAAGUGAAAGGGUGGGCAAAAUCGCUCCACAAUAUAGCAAUUUGUGCCAUACUCAUAUUUCUCCCUUCUCUUUUUUCGGGUUUUAUUUAUGAUGUAUUAUCUGUAUCAUAUUCCGACCCAGUGAUAUUGUCAAUAGACUCAAAAAGUAUUAUUCAUAAAUUAUUUAAUUCUAAAAUUUUCUCCAUAUUCCUUCUAUAUUUUGCUUUAAUGGAUAUGGUCAAGUUGCUCUCAGAGUGAUGUGAUAAGAACUAGAAGAGUUGAUGCAAUUCAUUUUUCUCUCUCGUGCGUUUUAUGAAACCCAUCUAUUUCAUAUUUUGGACCUUGGCUCCACGGAACAAUAUGCUCCUGUUGAAUCAUGGAAGGAUUGA